UUUCCUUCUCCAACAGAGAGGAGAUGGAAAGUACGCCUAACUCCGAAAACAUUGCUGAGAGUUACGAUGCAGAGACUUGUGUUUUUGCUUCUCUUCGGAGUUCCCGCUGUCACGGCAGUGACUCACUCUCUGAAGUAUUUCUACACUGUGUCCUCUCGAGUCCCAAACUUCCCAGAGUUUGUGGUUGUUGGAUUAGUUGAUGAUGUUCCGAUGGUUCGCUAUGACAGCAACACCAAUAAGGCAGAAGCUAAACAGGACUGGAUGAGCAGAGUCACAGAGGAGGAUCCACAGUACUUGGAGGGACAGACUGGGAUCUUUGCAGAUGUCCAUCAGGUCUACAAAGCCGACAUUGAAACUGUAAAGCAGCGUCUCAACCAAACUGGAGGUGUUCACAUUUUCCAGAACAUGUAUGGAUGUGAGUGGGACGAUGAGACUGGAGACGUUAAAGGUUAUUAUCAGUUUGGUUACGAUGGAGAAGACUUUAUAUCGCUGGACUCCGAGAAGAUGGAGUCAUGGAUCGCUGCAAAACCAGAGGCUGUCAUCAGCAAACACAAGUGGGAAAAUGAGAAAGCUUGGCUGUCAUACUUGAAGAACUACUUCACCCAGGACUGUCCUGAGUGGGUGAAGAAGUAUGUGAACUAUGGGAGGACCUCUCUGAUGAGAACAGAGCGUCCUUCACUGUCUCUCCUCCAGAAAACCCCAGUCACCUGCCACGCUACAGGUUUCUACCCCAACAGAGCCGAGCUGUUCUGGAGGAAGGAUGGAAAGGAGAUCCAUGAAGGUGUGGACAAAGGAGAGAUCCUCCCCAACCACGACGGGACCUUCCAGAUGAGUGUUGACCUCAGACUUCCAUCAAACUCAUCUGAGGACUGGAGGAUGUACGAAUGUGUGUUUCAGCUGUCUGGAGACAGGGACGACAUCGUCACCAAAGGACGGGCCGUGUCCAAUAAACCGAAACCAAGCAACAUGAAUCUCCCCAUCAUCGUUGCUCUGGUUACUCUCGCUGCCGUCGUUGUCGCUGUGGUUGUCGGAGUCGUUCUUUACAUAAAGAACGACAAACGUUCUCCCUCUCCUGAGAGCCAAGAGAGCAACAAGAAGAUGCUUCCUAAAGCCUGAAUGACGAACAAAAACCUGAACACAGUUCUUGGAAGAAGUUUGAAGUGAAGAAAGAAACUUCAUCACCAGAUUCUCCAUAAUAUAUUAAUUAGUUGUUCAUUUCAUCAGUGGAUCGAAGAAACAUUUGGAAUGUUGUUAUAGAUUAGAAAUGAAACAUGCAUUAUUUUUUGAUCGGAAUUCAAAAUAAAUACAAAAAAUUUAGAUAAAUUGUGUUUUUCUUAAUUUGAUAUAAUAUGAAUAGUGUAAAGUUCUCCAAAAUAUUUUGAAAUAUUGGUAAAUUAAAUAAAACUCACUCUCUGUUCCUCUGUGGAGAAAAACAACGUUCCAAUGAUUUUUGAAAACCACAGAAAUGUCAGAACUCUCUACAAACAGUCUAAAUUACUCAUUAACAGGUUCUGUGAUUGUUAGAUGAAUCCACUGAGUUGACUGGUUUUACUUUAUUUUUUCUCGUUUUGGGGUUUUACUACUUAUCAAUGAAUCAUUCAUGAUUAUUGAUGAUGCAAAGUUACACAUGCACAAACAUCUGCAUGAAUUUAUUCCUUGUCUCUAUUAUCUGUAUCAUUAAGGUCUGACUUCAUCAUAAUAUCAUCAUAAAUGUGUAUAAAAGUGUAAACUGGAGAUUUUAGACAUCAGUCGACUGCGUGACUCCUGAUAAACAUCCCGUGUGAUUUGAUCAGAUUGAGGUCGUCAAUAAUCUGCUCGUCUCACUGGAAUAAACAGGAAAUGAGUUUUGAUUGAUUUUGACAACUAACUUCAUUUAGUUACCACUCAACAAAACUUUUUAUAAUCUGGUUAUUGCUGUGUCAUUAAAACAUUAAUUUAAUGUUCAUAAAAGUUUGAAAA